ACCCUCGUUCCAGGGCAAAGCAGAAACCCCCGUAAGACGGUAGACCCUGAGCAGCUGUGAGGAGAUACCCCACGUCCAAGGGCAAAGGAGGAGCCCCGGCAAGACGAUGUCAUGGCACCCCCAGUACCGGAGCUCCAAGUUCCGCCACGUCUUUGGCAAACCAGCCAGCAAGGAGAACUGCUACGACUCCGUGCCCAUCACCCACAGUGUCCAAGACAAUCACUUCUGCGCUGUGAACCCCCACUUCAUCGCGGUCGUGACUGAGUGUACUGGCGGGGGUGCCUUCCUCGUCAUCCCCUUGCACCAGACAGGAAAGUUGGACCCCCACUACCCGAAGGUCUGCGGGCACAGAGGGAAUGUCUUAGAUGUCAAAUGGAACCCUUUCAAUGAUUUUGAGAUCGCCUCCUGUUCUGAAGAUGCCACGAUUAAACUCUGGGACAUCCCCAAGCAGCUGCUGACCAAGAACCUCACAGCCUUCAGGAAGGAGCUGGUGGGCCACGCCCGCAAAGUGGGCCUGGUGGAGUGGCACCCCACGGCUGCCAACAUCCUCUUCAGCUCCGGCUACGACUACAAGGUGAUGGUCUGGAACCUGGAUUCAAAGGAGACUGUAAUCAUGAGCCCCGUGAAGACAAUUAACUGUCACCAAGACGUGAUCCUCUCCAUGUCCUUCAACACCAACGGCAGCCUGCUGGCCACCGCCUGUAAAGACCGCAAGAUUCGGGUUCUAGACCCCCGAGCAGGGACUGUCCUCCAGGAAGCCAACUAUAAAGGGCACCGGGCCAGCAAAGUGCUAUUUCUGGGGAACUUGAAGAAGCUGCUGUCCACAGGCACAUCCCGAUGGAACAACCGGCAGAUGGCCCUUUGGGACCAGGAUGACCUGUCUGUGCCUGUCACAGAGGUGGACCUCGAUGGCUCCUCCGGUGUGCUGUUUCCCUUCUACGACGCGGACACCAGCAUGCUCUACGUGGUGGGGAAGGGGGACAGGAACAUCCACUACUAUGAGAUCAGUGCCAACAAACCUCACUUGAACUACCUGAUGGAAUACCACUCCUAUAAUCCACAGAAGGGGAUCGGAGUUAUGCCAAAGAGAGGUCUCGACGUGUCCUCCUGUGAGAUCUUCCGUUUCUACAAGUUGAUCACAACCAAAAGCCUCAUCGAGCCCGUAUCCAUGAUUGUACCCCGACGGUCAGAAUCCUACCAAGAGGACAUCUACCCGCCCACGGCCAGUGCCCAGCCCUCUCUGACAGCCCAGGAGUGGCUCAGUGGGAUGAAUAAAGAGCCCGUCCUGAUGUCCCUCAGGCCUGGGGCCGAGCCGCUGAGCCCGCAGCCUCUGCCCUCAGAGAGAACCCUGUCCGUGCCCACGGCCCCCACCUCGCCUCAUCUCCUCAACCAGACGGGAAGGCUGCUUGCAGAGGAUGGCCGGGGGCCCUUCUCCCUGCCAGAGGAGAAGGCGCCAAGGUGGGCGGCAGAACACAGGCUGGAGGAGAAGAAAACCUGGCUCACGGACGGCUUUGACAUCUUCGAGUGCCCCCCACCGAAGACAGAGAACGAGCUGCUGCAGAUGUUCUAUCGGCAACAAGACGAGAUCCGAAGGCUCCGGGAGCUGGUGACCCAGCGCGAGGUCCAGGCCAAACAGUUGGAACUGGAGAUCAGAAACUUGCGUAUGAGCUCACCAAGGCUCUGAGCAGAGUCCUCUGCCCUCCUCGCCCUCAGGGACACCAGUCGGCUCCAUGCGGAGGUCCAGAACCAAACCACAGGUCCUCCGGGAACAGCUACUGUUUCUAUAUUUUUUACCAGAAAUGAAACUCUUGGUCGCUGAAAGAUUCCAGUGGGACCUGCUGCCGAUUUUCCAAUUGCCUUCUUAAAACAAUGGUGUCUGAACUGA